AAACUGCACUUGGUUGGGGUCAAAACACGAGCUCGAGUCGCCGCUUCUUCAGAAUCAAGACGACGUUCGAACCCGCAACCAUGACCAGCUGCUCGGGAUGUGGACCUGGAUACCGAAGCCCUCUGGAAGCCAUGAAGGGUCCUCGGGAGGAAAUCCUCUAUCUGCCCUGCAUCUACCGCAACACGGAGACCAUGAAGCCCGAUUACCUUGCCACCGUCGACGUCGACCCAGAAUCCUCCACGUUCUGCCAGGUCAUCCACCGGCUGCCGAUGCCAAACCUUCGGGAUGAGCUGCACCACUCGGGCUGGAACGCCUGCAGCAGUUGCUUCGGUGACGCCACCAAGAAGCGGAACCGGCUCAUCCUGCCGUCGCUCAUCUCCUCACGCAUCUACGUGGUCGAUGUCGGGACAGAUCCCCGCGCGCCGCGACUCCACAAGAUGGUGGAGCCUGUUGACCUGUACUGGAAGUGUGGCCUUGCCAACCCCCACACCACCCACUGUCUGGGGAGCGGUCACAUCAUGAUCAGCUGCAUUGGAGACCCGUCAGGCAAUGGCAAAGGUGGAUUUGUCCUUCUGGACGGUGAGACCUUUGAGAUCAUUGGUAACUGGGAGCACCCAGGUGAAGCUGCACCCUUUGGCUAUGACUUCUGGUACCAGCCUCGGCACAAUGUGAUGAUCAGCACCGAGUGGGGCGCGCCCAAAGCUCUGAGUGAUGGCUUUAACCCUGCCCACGUCAAAGAUGGUCUCUAUGGCCAAAGCCUCCAUGUUUGGGACUGGAAGACUCACAGGAAGCUGCAGACGUUGGAUCUGGGAGAAGAGGGAGCUGUUCCCCUGGAGAUCCGAUUUCUCCACGACCCUGAUGCCCCUGAAGGCUACGUGGGCUGUGCUCUGAAUGGAAAUGUUUUCCGAUUCUACAAAACAUCAAAGGGUGACUGGGCCGCAGAAAAAGUGAUUAGUGUUCCCAGCAAGAAAGUGGAAGGAUGGAUGCUGCCAAACAUGCCUGGUCUGAUCACAGACAUCCUGAUCUCACUGGACGAUCGUUAUCUCUACUUCAGCAACUGGCUGCACGGUGACAUCAGACAGUAUGACAUCACUGACAGGAGGAAACCCCGGCUGGUUGGCCAGGUGUUUCUUGGAGGUUGCAUUACCAGUGAUGGUCAAGUUCAAGUUGUAGAGGAUCCAGAGGACCAGCCACAGCCCGGCCCCCGCAUCGUCCAGGGGAGACGUAUCCAUGGGGGCCCUCAGAUGUUACAGCUGAGUCUAGAUGGUCGGAGACUUUAUGUGACAACAUCACUGUACAGCGGCUGGGACCGACAGUUCUAUCCAGACCAGGUCAAAGAGGGUUCAGUCAUGAUGCAGGUGGACGUGGACUCUGUGAACGGAGGUCUCACCUUAAAUGAGAAGUUCCUGGUGGACUUCGGCAAGGAACCUGAUGGUCCAGUGCUGGCCCACGAGCUGAGAUACCCCGGUGGAGACUGUACCUCUGACAUUUGGCUGUAAAGAAAAAUCUGUUUUUGAAGUCACUGAGACAAAUGAACCUGUUUGUAAUCAAAGGUGAUGGACGUCUGUCGCAACUACACAAAUCCUGAAUCAUUAGAAAACCUUUGAGCUCUUUGUCACGUUUUUGGUGUUAAUCAUUUUUUUGGUGAGUUCAUCUAUUGACCCACUGAUUGGUUCUUUGGCGCCACCUGCUGG